CAAACUCUUGGAGGCGCACUAUUUGGAAUCGCCCGUAUUCCCAAGGCCUCCGAUAUGGUCGUGUGCUUUGUAAUUUACAAGGCCAUGCCAUAUGGAUAUUGUUUACUGUACUAUGUAUAGCUUGGUGUUUUCGGACGUUAUCUGAUUAUAGCUCCAUGAUCUGAUUAUACAGCGUAAAAACUGCUGAAGGACCAUCGUCCCACGAAGAACAAGAACGGUCAACAUGGGUAGGCUAGACGGGAAAGUGGCAGUGACCACGGCGGCUGCCCAAGGCAUUGGCAGGGGAACAGCUGAGACAUUUGCAAGAGAAGGUGCCAGGGUCAUCGCGACGGACAUCAACGUGGAGAAGUUGAAAGAGCUGGAAGGAAUACCAGGAAUUGAGAUUCGGAAGUUGGACGUGACAGACAAUGAAGCAAUCAAGGCCUUGGCCGCUGAGAUAGGACACGUCGACAUUAUCUUCAAUUGUGUGGGCUUUGUGUUCCAUGGAACCAUUUUGGAGACAACGGAGAAGGAUUUUGACUUCUCCAUGAACGUAAACGUGAAGUCCAUGUUCAACAUGAUCAAGGCGUUCCUGCCCAAGAUGAUUGAAAAGAAGUCAGGCAGCAUUGUCAACGUGGCUUCUAUAUGCUCCAGUCUUAAAGGAGUUAAGGAGCGAUGCAUCUACGGGGCAACAAAAGCAGCCAUGAUUGGGAUGUCCAAAGCCGUGGCAUGUGACUUCAUAAAGGAUGGUAUUCGCUGUAACUGCAUUGCUCCUGGAACUGUGGACACACCAUGGCUGUGCGACAGGAUGGAACACAUAGGGGACCCAGAGAAGAUCAGGGAAUACUUCAUGCAACGCCAGCCUUCUGGCCGCCUUGGGACAGUCCAGGAAGUGGCAAAUGUUGCUUUAUUCCUGGCAUCAGAUGAGGCAAGUUUUGUGACAGGCACCGAGUACAAAGUGGAUGGCGGAUGGAGCAUCUGAGUUCAAUCUCCCUCAAUCGUCUGCCAAUGACUGUUGGCCAUUAAUGUGUAUUUCACUAAAUUGGGUUUGGUUUAAGUUACAGAUCUUAUGUAAUAGUCGAACAACUUUUUGUAUUACUUUAUUUGAUAAUACUACACACUGGAUGAUGUUCUAUUUCGUUUUGAUUACACACGUGAACAUUAUGGCCCAUGUAAUACGUAUAGAAGACAUUCCCCCAAUGCUGUUCGUAUUCAAGACGGAAACUUUUUCAUCAGUACUUUUUAGGAAUUCUUUUUCGAGAAUUUAAAAACAAAUUGCACAAAAAUGUCUAAGGAACAAGCAAAGUUAUGUACCUGACAGAAGCAAAGACUUCAAUGAAUACCGAAAAUUACAAUUUUCUUGUAACUGAAAAACUAAAGAACGUAUUUAUUGCCAAUCAAAAGAAGUGAAGUCAAUAUACAAUAGUAAAUAUUUUUUUAACC